AUGGUGGCCUUAGAACUAGCUGCGGCCUGCAGGACACCCUUCCCAAUAUGGAUUUGCAGUCUUUCUGCGAACAGAGAGAUUCAAAUGCAAGAUCUGAGAACUAGGGUCAAAGACGUCAUGCUAGCAAUGAAAGGGAAGGGCCAGGCCACAGUGAACGAUCUGGUAGAAGAGGUGGACGACAAGGUUGCCUUCACAGCCUUUAUGGGAGGACUACAGACUUCUAAGUUCCUAUUUUCCUUAUCAAAAGAAGCCCCUACAAGCAUGACAAAGUUGAUGGUUAGAGCGUGGAAGCACAUGAACGCUGAGGAUGCUAUGAAUGCACGAAAAAACAAAGAUGAGCCAGUCUUUCUGCAGAUUCAAGAUAACACAUCAUUGAAAUGGCCGCCAAAGCUAAAAGCUGAUCCAACAAAGAGGUCUCUAGGUAAAUACUGUAGGUUUCACCGGGACCAUGGACAUAACACAGAAGAUUGUUUCGACCUCAAAAACCAGAUCGAGAACCUUGUUCGUAAAGGUCAUUUACGCAAAUUCACAACUAGAAAUGGAAAAGGAGGCUCCAACCCAGCCCGGGAGGGCCGAGAUGAUCGCCCUCCUCAACAUCAACCAAUGGGUGAGAUCAAAGUUAUAUCGGGUGGCUUCGCUGGUGGUGGUGAGACAAGUUCGGCUCGGAGGGCUCAUGCUAGGAGAAUUCGGAGUUUUUUAGAGGUGAAUGAAGUUGGAAUGACAAGUCCUCCAACAUUACCUCGAGUUGAGGAGCCGGUCAUAACCUUUUCUGAAGAAGAUGACAAGGGAAUUCACCAGCCCCAUGAUGACCCUCUGGUAGUUUCCAUGGUCGUUGCUAAUUUUACUGUUCGACGAAUACUGAUAGACAAUGGUAGCUCGGCUGACAUACUAUUUCUUAGGGCGUACGAGAAAUUGAAAAUUGGCCGAGAGAAGCUCCGACCCAUGAAGUCACCACUGGUGGGAUUUUCAGGCGACAAAGUAUAUCCAUUAGGGGCAGUUACCCUUCCAGUUACUGCAGGAGCCAAUCCAAAGCAGGUCACUGUAAUGGUGGACUUUGUAGUGGUGGAUUGCCCAUCAUCAUAUAAUUUUAUCCUGGGGAGGAUAACAUUGAAUGCCAUGAAAUCAAUCACGUCCACUUACCAUCUCCUGAUGCGUUUCCCAACUGAAUAUGGUAUGGGAGAGCUAAGAGGGGACCAAACAAUAGCUCGCGAAUGUUAUGUCGCCUCUCUCAAAAAACAAAAUCGCAAGAGGCAUUUACGAUUGAAGGGCUGGAAGGGAAAGAUAGACCAGACUUUCAUAGAGCGGAACCUACAGAAGAGCUAG